UCCAGCAGAAACUGCUGGGAUAGCUGCCACACGAGACAGCUGGUUGGCAGAGUGGUGGUUGCAAGGUGGCAUAUCUUGGUUGGCGUUUGCCUGUAGCGGUCCACGUUAGUCCGGCCAUCAUCUUCCCACCUCAGCCCAUUCAUGACACCGAAUCCUUCCUCAGAGUGGCCACUGGGUUUGCUCUUGCAUACAUCAAGUGGGACAUGUUGAUUCAAAAUGAGGCUAUUCCACCAGACGUCUACCGAGGAAAGCCACUGUGUAUGUCGCAAUACGACUUGUUCCAGAAGUGCCGUAUCCCCACGACCAGGAUACGGACGAGAGCAUUCAGACACCCAUUUCCGAGGCCCGUCACAUCAUCGUCAUCAGAAAUGGACACUUCUUCAGAGUAGACGUACUGUACGAGAGUCCAGAUGGAGUCCUGAGCAUGGCUCCGGCCUCCCACAUCAUGCGGCAGCUGGAGACUGUCCUCAGUGACGCCAGAGAGCCGGCCCAGUUCCCAGUGGGGAUCCUCACCUCUGAACACCGGGACACCUGGACACACAUGAGAGAGAGACUCGCCAGCGACCCAUUCAACAGGACUGCUCUAAGAGACAUAGAGACGGCCAUAUUGUCGGUGUGCCUCGACAAGGCUCACCCACAGGUCCCCAAUUCUCUACCUGCCGUCAGAGACUCACACCCCGAGAUCCUCACCAAGAGAGCACUCCACGGCAACGGGACACAGCACAACAGCUGCAACAGAUGGUUCGACUCUGCAGUACAGAUAGUGAUAGGAGAAGACGGAGGGUGCGGCUCCAUUCUGGAACAUUCCGCAGGCGACGGGCCCGCUGCCAUUGCCUCCAAUAUCUUUGUCAUGGACCUUCUCAUUCGGAAGAAGUACGAUGUGUUUGCCGAUGAGUCGGCGGUUGACCCGAGUGUCCUCAAGCCGGCCAAGAUGCUCCAGUGGAGGAUUUCUCCAUCCACUGCUGCCGACAUACAGACCGCCUCCCACGACAUGGACAAGCUGGUUGAGGAUACUGACCUGGCCUGCCUGAUGUUUUCCGACUUUGGGAAAGACUUCUGCAAGACCGUCAAACUCUCGCCGGACGCCUUUGUUCAGGUUGCCAUCCAACUGGCCUUCUACAAGCACUAUGGCCACCCAGACGGCCAUGUAUGAAAGUGGAGGAACUCGUUGGUUCAAGUAUGGUAGAACAGACACCAUUCGCUCCACUACCAAUGCCUCCCAUGCCUUUCUCAAAGCCAUGACCAACCCAGACACACCGGCGGAGGAGAAAGCUAAUCUUCUGGUGAAAGCCAUCGCUGCCCACUCCAAGUACACAGAAGAUGCCAUAUCGGGUCAGGCCAUAGAUAGACAUCUGCUGGGUCUGAAACUGAUUGCAGCCGAGAACGGAAUAGAGACGCCGGGACUGUACAGUGACGUGGCAUACUCCAGAAGUCAGCACUUCAGACUCAGCACCAGCCAGGUUCCAGUGGCCAACUACCGACUGUUCCUCUGCUUCGGAGCGGUCGUGGAGGACGGCUACGGCGUGUGCUACAAUCCGCGGGAGCACGAGAUCAUGAUGACGGUCAGCUCCUGGCACAGCUGCCCCGACACAGACAGCCUCGUCAUGUCCAGCUGUCUCCAGGAGAGUCUCAGAGAAAUGAGGGAUCUGCUGGUCAGCACCGGCAGAGCCAAGGCCAACGCAAAACUAUAGCAAUGGUGCUGAGAUAAUCCACCAUCAUUUAUUGGACUCUCAUUACAGGUAAUGGCUAUAUUUUUGGAACUUCGGACUAUAAGAGAUUUAAACACUGAAGUAUAAUGGCACUGCUGCUUUGCUUUGUUUGAGAUGAUCUGCCACGAUCAUUAUGCA